AGGAUGGUGGCGGAGGAGGGCAAGACCCGAGCGACGGACUUCUCCAUCGCGGCCAUCAUGGCUCGCAACGCGGAGCAGCCGCGCAGUCCGCUCGCGAGGUCGCCGCCAUUUCUCGGUCCAUCAUCAAGGCAGAGUUCACCAGCGUCGCUCAGCUCGCCGGCGUCCAGCUGUCGAUCCCCUGCUCCUGAUGAAGAUGUCGAAGUCGACGUUGAGCAGUGUUCCGAUGGUGAAAGAGAUGCCUCGGACGCUGCUGCACCUUCCCCAGCACCCUCUUCAGAAUUGGGUGAAAGGGAUACGCCAUCUCCAGCGCGACCUCUGCCACCUCCCGUGACCUCUUGCAACUGUGAGGAGCUGUUGUCAGUGGAUUGUCAACUUGAAACUAAGGAACUAUGGGACAAGUUCCACGACUUAGGUACCGAAAUGAUCAUCACGAAGACGGGAAGACGUAUGUUCCCGACGGUUCGGGUGUCGUUCGCGGGCUGCCGCGCCGAGGCGCGCUACGCCGUGCUGCUGGACGUGGUCCCCGUGGACGGCAAGCGUUACCGUUACGCCUACCACCGCUCCUCGUGGCUGGUGGCCGGCAAAGCGGACCCGCCCGCGCCCGCGCGCCUCUACCCGCACCCCGACUCGCCCUUCUCCGGCGACCAGCUACGCAAGCAAGUCGUCUCCUUUGAGAAGGUCAAACUCACCAACAACGAGAUGGAUAAAAAUGGACAGAUAGUUCUAAACUCCAUGCACCGGUAUCAACCAAGGAUACACCUCGUGAAGGUGCGGGAAGGAGGUGGCCCUAUCACGGAUUUGUCGCGGGAACAGCACAGAACCUUCAUCUUCCCGGAGACGGUGUUCACCGCAGUCACGGCCUACCAGAACCAGCUGAUCACCAAAUUGAAAAUAGAUUCUAAUCCCUUCGCUAAAGGCUUCCGUGAUUCGUCUAGGCUCACUGACUUUGACAGAGAUCCGAUGGAGCUAAUGCUUAUGGAGCAACAGUUACUACGGUCUCCUUUGCGGCUUUAUUCCGGAGCGACUGACGUCAGCGAGGAGGCAGAGAAGCGAGCGGCUUGGGCGAGGACCCCACCUGCACUGCAGUUGCUUGCACUUGGAGGACGCGCAUGGCCCUCCGCUUGGCCUCAACCUCUAGCUCUACCUCCGGACCUUUGGCUGCAGAAACCUCCUACGCCCCUACGUUACUGUCCCUACCCGCCCCCCGCGCAUCCCUCAGCGCCUCCUUCGCGACCAGAACACUCUCCGUCGCCGAGGCACCAUAUGUAG